AUAUGAAAACAUACAGUAGAAAAAAAAGUGAAGAAACUGGCGAAGUUAUAAUUAACUUAAAUGAAUUGUGUAGACUGUGUUUAACAAGAAGUGAUGAAUUAGUACAUAUAUUCAACGAUGAAGAACCUAUUCCGCUACCCCUUCGGAUAAUGGCCUGUGUUGCAUUAGAGGUUGUAGAAGAUGAUGGUUUACCAAACAUGAUAUGCAUUGCUUGCAAAUAUCAAUUAGAAAAGUCCUAUGUAUUUCGCAAGAAAUGUGAGUCUUCAGAUCACAGACUUCGAAGGCAUUUGAAACUAAUUUCAAGUUCCAAUAAGUUACUUGAAGAUGAAGAUGAAAUUGAGGGUCAGGAUAUGGUUCAAGAAUCAGCAUUGAUCAAACCGUGUGAUAAGACUUUAUCAGAUAAAAGUCAGCAGGUGAAAAAGUUGCUUGCUGAUAUUCUUGAAGAUGAAACAAAUGAAGAUGGAAAUAUACAAACUUUAGAGCAAACUACGACUGAGAGUGAAUUAUUAGGUAUGUGCUACAAUACUUAUUUAGCUCAACCUGAUGCUGAGUUAUAUGAAGAUCCUGAUAAUAUAACAUUACCUUUAGAAAUGGAAGAAGCGAAUAAAGAUGCUUGUACAUUAAAGACUGAAUUAAAAAAUGAAAUUAUUGAUAUGGAACCAGCUGAACAAGAACUUGAUAUGUCUCAAGUUUAUUAUGUUGAUGUCGAUCCCAGUUCGGAAACUACAGAUAGCCAGAAUAGCCAAAAUUAUGAAGCAAUCGCAGAAUUAGUUAAAUCUACAUUAUCUACACAGCCUGGAUUUUCAGGAGAACUGCAUUUAAAACUACAACCGAAAAGGGAGACUACACAAGUUCAAGUUACAACUGAUGAUGGUUCAGUUAUGGUUAUGGAACUUUUAACUGAGGAAGAUGUUCCAACAAUUUCACAACAAAUACAACAAGAUGAUGAUGGAGAAUUAAAAAUUUGGCAAUGUCCAAAUUGUCCUAAAGCUUUUGCUAGGAGAAUUCAAUUAAAUAGGCAUUCUUCGGUUCAUAUGCAGCAAAGAGGUUUCACAUGUAAUGUUUGUGAAAAAUGGUUUCCAACCCGUAGUGCUCUUGUAAGGCACGAAAGAAUACAUACAGGAGAAAAACCUUUUGAAUGUGGCAUCUGCAAAAGGUGCUUUGCACAGAAGGAAGUGCUCUUUAGGCAUCUCAUGACACAUUCGGGUGAGAAGCCCUACCAAUGUACACAUUGUGACAAGGGCUUUACCCAGAGAGAGGCUUUACGAAGUCAUAUGAGGCAGCAUAUUAAACCAAAUCCUGCCGAUAUUCAACUUCACAGGUGUUCUUUAUGCCCUAAAAUGUUUUGCCAUGCAUCAGGACUUAGUAGGCAUCUUUUGACGCAUACAGGAAAAACUUUCAAAUGCAGAGACUGUGAUAAAAGUUUCUCUGAUAAAAGUUCAUUAAGGCGUCAUCAUAGAUUGAUGUUUCAUCAGGCCUAACAAUUAAAUGAGCAUUUAUAAAAGGAUUUAAGGAACUGGUCUGCCAGCCCC